AUCGAAAAAUACGUGUGUUCCAUUAUUGAGAAUGCUGAAUAUAUGGCAAGAUUAUCGCUUCCAGAAAAGGAAUUUGCAGAACGAUAUAAGCGAUUAAUUGAAGAGCAUGAACACGCGUCGUUUUUACAUGUGCUUCCCCAAGAAUCAUUAGAUGUUUUAAAAGAGGCUGAAAAUGGUGCAGAAACGUCUUUUGCAACAGUUGAGCACCCUGAUUUGAACCAAGCAGUGUUUUGUCGAUUUAUUAAACAUGUUGGAAGUUAUUCAUUUCCAUCAACUCCUCAAGAUACAGAGAUAUUAAGCAAAGAUGACGCGUAUUUGGUUAAAUACUCGGAUAUACGGAGACUUUUAGAGGAUAAUUCUAUCGAAUUGAUUUAA